GGGAGACAGGAGGCCUUCAGCACUCGGGACGCCGUGUCUAUUCCAGUAACGUCCUUCUCAGCCCAACCCACUCACCGGUUCCAUGGAGAUAAUAUUUGGCAGGAAUAAAAAAGAACAGCCAGAGCCGGUCCAGGCCAGAGUGACAGGCAGGAUUCCAGCAUGGCUGCAGGGGACGCUGCUUCGCAAUGGGCCUGGGAUGCACACGGUGGGAGACAGCAAGUACAACCACUGGUUUGAUGGCCUGGCCCUUCUCCACAGCUUCACCAUCAGAGAUGGGGAGGUCUUCUACAGGAGCAAAUACUUGCAGAGUGACACCUACAAUGCCAACAUCGAAGCCAACAGAAUCGUGGUGUCUGAGUUCGGGACAAUGGCCUACCCAGAUCCCUGCAAAAACAUCUUUUCCAAAGCUUUCUCCUACCUGUCCCACACCAUCCCCGACUUCACAGACAACUGCCUGAUCAACAUCAUGAAGUGCGGAGAUGACUUCUAUGCGACCACAGAGACCAACUACAUCAGGAAGAUCAACCCCCGGACUCUAGAGACGUCCGAGAAGGUUGAUUACCGCAAGUACGUGGCUGUAAACCUGGCUACCUCACACCCUCAUUACGACGCGGCUGGAAACGUCCUUAACAUGGGCACAUCCAUUGUGGACAAGGGAAGGACAAAGUACGUGAUGUUUAAGAUCCCGGCCACAGCACCAGGCACCAAGAAGAAAGGGAAGAGCCCCCUGAAGCAUGCUGAAGUAUUCUGCUCCAUCCCCUCCCGCUCACUCCUCUCCCCCAGCUACUACCACAGCUUUGGAGUCACGGACAACUAUGUGAUAUUUUUGGAGCAGCCUUUUAAGUUGGAUAUCCUCAAGAUGGCCACCGCAUACAUGAGGGGGGUGAGCUGGGCUUCCUGCAUGGCAUUCGACAGGGAGGACAAGACUUACAUUCACAUCAUCGACCAGAGGACCAGGAAGCCGGUGCCAACCAAGUUCUACACAGACCCCAUGGUGGUAUUCCAUCACGUCAAUGCCUAUGAGGAGGACGGCUGUGUUCUGUUUGAUGUCAUCGCCUAUGAGGACAGCAGCCUCUAUGAUCUCUUCUACCUGGCCAACCUGAACCAGGACUUUGAGGAGAAUUCCAGGCUUACCUCAGUGCCCACCCUCAGGAGGUUCGCUGUGCCCCUCCAUGUGGACAAGAAUGCAGAAGUGGCCUCAAAUUUAAUCAAGGUGGCAUCUACAAGAGCAACAGCCCUGAAGGAGAAAGAUGGAAGUGUCUACUGCCAGCCCGAGGUCCUCUAUGAAGGCCUAGAGCUCCCUCGGAUAAAUUACGCUCACAAUGGGAAGCCAUAUCGUUACAUCUUUGCUGCUGAAGUUCAGUGGAGUCCAGUCCCGACCAAGAUACUAAAAUAUGAUGUUCUCACGAGGUCCUCCUUAAAGUGGGGUGAGGAGUACUGCUGGCCGGCGGAACCCCUGUUUGUACCCACGCCAGGUGCCAAGGAUGAAGAUGAUGGAGUCAUCUUGUCAGCCAUCGUCUCUACUGAUCCCCAAAAGCUGCCGUUUUUACUUAUUCUGGAUGCCAAAAGUUUUACGGAAUUGGCUCGCGCUUCUGUCGAUGCAGACAUCCACCUGGACCUGCAUGGCUUAUUUAUCCCGGAUGCAGACUGGAGUGCAGUGAAGCAGACCCCAGCUGAGACGCAAGAGAAUGAAAACUCAAAUGACCCUAUCACCCCACAGAUUGCACCAGGAUUGGGGCACAGUGAGAAUGACUUCACAGCUGGUCCUAGUGUCACAUGCCUUUAA